AUGGCCCAGCAGCGCCGUGUCCAGCUCUCUACCCAGCGCCCCACCAGCACCGUCUGCGUGCUGGGCACUGAGCUCUCCCUGGACGUCUGUGGCUCUGCACCCAAAGGUGCUGUCACCUUCCACGUGCAGGGGACGCCGGGGGUGAAGCUCUAUGUGGUGCAUGAGACUCAGAGCAUCAAGCUGCCCUCCCUCGUGGGCCGCUGGCCCCUGGCCGCCGGGGCCGAGGUGCUGCUGGCCAUGGAUGCUCUCAGCAAGGACGUGGGGGAUGAAAAGGUCAGGAUUUCCUACUUUGGGGAGUCCGGCGGAGUGCCCGUAGGCAGAGCCAUGCUGUACCUCACCUGUGUGGAGGUCUCGCUGGAUGCCGACACCAGCCGCAGCGGAGCGGUCAGCAGGACGCUGCUGGACAAGGCUACUUGGACCUGGGGUCCUGAUGGGCACGGAGCCAUCCUGUUGGUGAACUGCGACCGCGACGACCCCGAGGCCAGGAGUCUGCAAGGCACCAAGCCGGACAACCGCGACACCACCGUCCGCUCCUUCGCCGACCUGAAGGACAUGUCACAGUUGGUACUGCGCACCCGGGGUCCCCGCACCAUCUUCACCGGCCACCGCCUCGUCCUCCACACCGACUACAGCACUGCUGACAGAGUUGGCGUGUUCUACAGUGGCAACAGCAUGGCACUGAAGGAGUACAAGCACGUGCUGGGGGGCUUGAAGCUCUCCUACACCAUCAAACCCAGCCGGCACCAGGAUGAGAGCAUCUUCUACGUGGAAGGCCUCUCCUUCCCUGACGUUGACUUCUCAGGGCUGGUGGCUUUCCAUGUGACGCUGCUGGAGAGCCCAGAGAAGGACUUGCUGGAGACUCCGAUUUUCACCGACACGGUGGUUUUCCGCAUGGCUCCCUGGAUCAUGACCCCCAACACCUUAGCACCACUGGAGGUCUUUGUCUGCAGCGUGGAAAACAAUAAGGAUUUCGUGGCAGCUGUGCGUGCCAUGGCUGACAGUGCCAAGUGCCCGCUCACCAUCUGCCCGGCGCUGGACAACCGCCAAGACCGCUGGAUCCAGGAUGAGAUGGAAUUUGGCUACAUCCAAGCUCCCCACAAGACCUUCCCUGUCGUCUUCGACUCACCUCGUGACGGCGGCCUGAUGGAUUUCCCUGUCAAGCGCAUCCUGGGCCCUGACUUUGGUUAUGUGUCCAGGAAGGCACCAGAGGGUGCUUCCGGCCUGGAUUCCUUUGGGAAUUUGGAGGUGAGCCCCCCAGUGUCGGUGCAGGGCAAGGAGUACCCCUUGGGUCGCAUCUUGAUCGGCAGCAGCUUCCCCAGGUUCGGUGGCCGGCGGAUGGCCAAAGCUGUCAAGGACUUUCUGAUCGCCCAACAAGUGCAGGCUCCAGUGGAGCUCUUCUCAGACUGGCUUCUUGUUGGCCACAUAGAUGAGUUCCUCAGCUUCGUCCCCGCUCCUGACCGGAAGGCUUUCCGGCUGCUCCUGGCCAGCCCCAGCGCCUGCUACCAGCUCCUCAAGGAGAAGCAAGAGGAAGGCUUUGGUGAGGCUGCGAUGUUUGAAGGACUGCAGAAGGUCUCCAAGCCAACAAUCAAUGAGAUUCUGGCCAAUGAAGAGCUCCGGAAGUUCAAUAACUAUGUUCAGAGCUGCAUCAACUGGAACAGGGACAUCCUGAAGCGCUCUCUGGGGCUGGCUGAGCAGGACAUCAUUGACCUCCCCCAGCUCUUCCGGGGCAAGGUGGACAGCGGGGCCGAAGCCUUCUUUCCAGACAUGGUGAACAUGCUGGUGCUGGGCAGGCACCUGGGCAUCCCCAAGCCCUUUGGCCCGGUGGUGGGUGGGCAGUGCUGCCUGGAGGAGCGAGUGAGGGCACUGCUGGAGCCCCUGGGCCUCACCUGCACCUUCAUUGACGACUUCUUCUCCUACCACCUCCUCCUUGGGGAGGUUCACUGCGGCACCAAUGUCCGCCGGAAGCCCUUCGCCUUCAAGUGGUGGCACAUGGUGCCAUGA